CACUGAUCUAACACACUACUGUACACCUCUCAGCUGACAACUCUAUUGCUACAAGGAUGCAGGCAGAGGAAUACAAUCGUAGAGGUAAGGAGAUGGUGGAUUACAUCACUAGGUACCUGACCACCAUCAGAGAGAGGAAGGUGACCCCAGGCCCAGAGGUGAAGCCUGGCUAUAUGAGAGCGCUGCUGCCAGACAGCGCCCCCACUGACCCGGAGGACUGGGACUGUAUCUUCAGGGACAUAGAGAAGGUCAUCAUGCCUGGGGUGGUCCACUGGCAGAGCCCCUACAUGCAUGCGUACUAUCCAGCCCUGACCUCCUGGCCCUCCAUGUUAGGAGACAUGUUGGCUGACGCCAUCAACAACAUCGGAUUCACCUGGGCCUCAAGCCCGGCAUGUACAGAGCUGGAGAUGAAUGUGAUGGACUGGUUGUGUAAAGCUCUUGGUCUCCCCACCUUCUUCCUCCAUCACCACCCAGAAAGCACCGGAGGAGGAAUACUGCAGAGCACAGUGAGUGAGAGUAGUCUGGUAGCUCUGCUAGCUGCCAGGAAGCACAGGAUCCAACAGCUGAAGAGGACAGAUCCAGCAGACAGAGACCUGGACGACUCAGUGGUCAACUCCAGACUGGUGGCCUACGCAUCAGACCAGGCUCACUCCUCAGUGGAGAAGGCAGGUCUGAUCUCCCUGGUGAAGAUCAGGUUCCUCCCUCCAGACGACCACUUCUCCCUGAGAGGAGACACUCUGAAACAGGCCAUCCAGGAGGACAGGGGAGAGGACUGGGUCAUGCUGUGUGCCACUCUGGGGACCACGGGGGUGUGUGCCUUCGACGACCUGUCAGAGCUGGGACCAGUGUGUGCAGAGGAAGGCCUGUGGCUGCAUGUGGAUGCAGCGUACGCAGGCUCAGCGUUUCUCUGCCCUGAGCUGAGAGGACCUCUGGGGGGUAUAGAGUACGCUGACUCCUUCGCAUUCAACCCCUCCAAAUGGAUGAUGGUCCACUUCGACUGCACUGCCUUCUGGGUGAAGGACAAGUGCAAGCUCCAACAAACCUUCAGUGUUGACCCCGUCUACCUCCGACACGAAAACUCAGACCGAGCCACCGACUUCAUGGGUGUAGAGAUGGCGUCUGAGUCCCUGGUUAGAUGUGACCCUAACUUUGACAUGCCUGCUGAUAGACACCUUGGCUUGGUGGUCUUCUGUCUCACAGAAGGGAAUGCUCUGACUCAGGAGUUGCUACGGCGAUUGACGCGGUCCCGCACCAUGUACCUUGUCCCCGCCGACAUCGAUGGGAAACGCAUCAUCCUCACCGUGACGUCACAGCUGACCACCUCAGAGGACAUUAUCAGGGACUGGGACAUCAUUCGCAAAAUGGCCGCCGACCUUCUGGCCGAGGAGGCCGAUAAACAGGCGGUCAGUGAAAUGGAGGAGCAGCAGUCUCCAGUCAGAAAAACUGUUGAGAAGCUGUCAGAGACAAACAGUGAUUUGGGAAUCACACAACAAAAGCAGCAGAGGACUUGGCUGCCUCUCUCAUGA